AUGGAGCGGUCGGAGGGAGGCGAGCCGGGCCAGCCGCAGCCCUGGGGGAAGCUGAUCCGGCUGGGCGCUGAGGAGGCAGAGCCGCACGUCCUGCUGCUGAAGAGAGAAUGGACCAUUGGUCGGAAGAAAGGUUGUGACUUAUCUUUCCCUGGCAACAAGCUGGUGUCUGGAGAUCACUGUAAAAUCAUAGUGGAUGAAGAAUCUGGUCAAGUGUCAUUGGAAGAUACAAGUACUUAUGGAACUGUAAUUAAUAAACUGAAAGUGGUUAAGAAGCAGACAUACCCCUUACAGACUGGGGAUGUGAUCUAUGUUGUUUACAGAAAAAAUGAGCCAGAGAACAAUGUUGCUUAUCUUUAUGAAUCCUUAAACACAAAACAUGAUGCAACUCAAGAACCAGUAGCUGUAGAAGUUAAUGUAGAAAACCAAUGCCAUGUGACCAAAGAUACCUCAAGUACAGGAAGAAGUAAUGAUGAGACCCAAAUUACCUCAUCAACGUCAGCUACUCAGUCUUGCUAUGAGGAACCACAGCCAUCUACUUCUACAUCUAACCUCUUUAAUGCUUCUUCUACCUCUCUUGUUGAGUCUGCAUCUGUUCAGCACUGGUAAGAAUUGUGUCAAGGAUCACGACCCUCAGUUGUCACUCCUGUGCCUGCUUUCCCCAUCUUAGAAUCUGCGUGUCUAAAAGCACUGCAUGGCAAACAUGAAAACUUGGAUAUGAAUGCUGAAACUUCUGCAAUAGCUUCAGGAAUCACUGGCAAAGAAAGAGCAGAAUCAGAUUCUCCAAGAACAGGGGAGGAAGAUUUGGAACCUGCUAAGAAGAAACUAAAAGGAGAUGAAGACACUUGUCCAAAUCUUUCGCCAGCAGCUCCAAGUGAAUGUAUCAUCAAAAUUGGCUCUGAAGAUGCAAAAGCAUCGAAUGUGAAGCCAGAUAAGAUGGAAGAAACAUUAACUUGCAUUAUCUGCCAAGAACUGCUGCAUGACUGUGUAAGCUUGCAGCCAUGUAUGCAUACAUUUUGUGCUGCCUGCUACUCAGGAUGGAUGGAAAGAUCUUCUCUAUGUCCAACUUGUCGUUGUCCAGUUGAACGUAUUUGUAAAAAUCACAUAUUGAACAACUUGGUUGAAGCUUACCUGAUUCAGCAUCCAGAUAAAUGUCGCAAUGAAGACGAUGUACGUAGCAUGGAUGCUAGGAACAAAAUCACUCAAGACAUGUUGCAGCCUAAGGUGCGGAGAUCUUUCUCAGACGAGGAGGGAAGUUCUGAAGAUUUAUUGGAAUUGUCAGAUGUAGAUAGCGAAUCUUCAGAUAUCAGUCAACCGUAUAUAGUAUGCAGGCAGUGCCCAGGGUAUCGUAGACACUCUGUUCCUCCUCUGCCUGGCACGGGCCAGGAGACAGAGGCAGGAGGAAUGCAAGCACUGGGAGAUGCUCCAUCAACAUCUGCCAACUUCCCUGCAGCUGUCCAGGAAUAUGUGUGUCCUGCUCAAGGAAGUCAUGUAAUAUGCACCUGCUGCUUUCAGCCAAUGCCUGACCGAAGAGCAGAGCGUGAACAGAAUCCUCAUGUUGCUCCUCAGCAAUGUACAGUUUGUCUGCAACCCUUCUGCCACUUGUACUGGGGCUGCACUCGGAUGGCAUGUUUUGGCUGUCUGGCACCAUUCUGUGAAAUAAAUCUCGGUGACAAGUGUUUAGAUGGAGUCCUAAAUAACAACCACUACGAGUCAGAUAUCCUAAAGGAUUACCUGGCAUCCAGGGGUCUGACAUGGAAAAAUAUGUUAAAUGAAAGUCUCUUAGCUCUUCAAAGAGGAGUUUUUAUGUUGUCAGAUUACAGAAUUACUGGGAACACAGUGCUUUGCUACUGUUGUGGCCUUCGCAGCUUCCGAGAGCUUGCCUACCAGUACAGGCAGAAUAUUCCUGUUGCUGAAUUGCCAGUGACUGUCACGUCUCGUCCUGAUUGCUACUGGGGGCGCAACUGUCGAACUCAGGUCAAAGCACAUCAUGCCAUGAAAUUCAAUCACAUUUGUGAGCAAACACGAUUCAAGAACUGAGUACCUGUAGUCUGAAGGGAGGGGACAGAGACCUGUUACACUGCUUGUACAGCUUGAGGUUUCAGGGGACCAUCUCAGUUCCCCUUAGCAGGGAAUCAAUAACUUUUGCAUCAGGUUAUCUGGUGUGAAAAUUUUAAUUUGUAGAGUUUUACAGCUGUACAUGGAUAAGGUAGAGUUUUGUUUUCUGAGAUAGUCCAGUGAGCAUUGCAUUCCAUCCAUGACUACAGUGUCCCUGUGCCAC